AUGGAAAAUCGAGAUUGGAUGUCAAAAGAUAGAAGGUCAGUUGAGUAUGAUGAAGGAGUUGAAAACUUUAUCAAUUUCGCAUUAGCACAUUCAACCAACCAUACCUCUAUAAAAUGCUCAUGCUUACGUUGUGGAAAUCUGUUAUGUCAAACUCCUCAAGUCAUUAGAGAGCAUUUGUUCUUUAAUGGAAUAGAUAUCAGUUAUCGAGUAUGGUAUUGGCAUGGAGAAAAGGGUCCCAGUGGAGGAUUUUCAAAUGUCUCACAACAACGUUAUGACAAAUGCGAGUAUAAUGAUGUUGCUGAUACAAUAGAUAUGGUUAAUGCUGCACAAGUUAAUUGUAUGAAUGAUCCCCAAGUGUUUGGAAGGUUACUUGAAGAUGCAGAAAAACCUUUAUAUCCUGGAUGCAUGAAAUACACAAAGUUGUCAGCAUUGGUAAAACUUUACAACUUAAAAGCACGUUAUGGUUGGUCUGACAAAGGAUUCUCAGAAUUGCUUCAGUUGCUUGGAGAUAUGUUGCCAUUGAAUAAUGAGAUGCCGUUGUCCAUGUAUGAAGCCAAAAAGACUUUCAGUGCUCUUGGUAUGGAAUAUCAAAAAAUUCAUGCAUGUCCUAAUGAUUGUAUUUUGUAUAGAAACCAGUAUAAGGAUGCUAUUGCAUGCCCAACUUGUGGAAAGUCAAGGUGGAAGAUAAACAGUGAAGGGGGGAAGAUUAAGAAGGGGGUUCCUGCAAAGGUUUUGUGGUAUUUCCCACCAAUCCCUAGAUUCAAAAGGAUGUUCCAAUCUUCAGAAACUGCUAAACAUCUUAUGUGGCAUGCCAAGGAUAAAGAAUGUGAUGGUAAACUACGCCACCCAUCAGACUCCUCAGCGUGGAAACUAGUUGACCACAUGUGGCCUGAUUUUGCUUCUGAACCGCGAAACCUUAGACUAGCACUCUCAACAGAUGGUAUAAAUCCUCAUAAGUCUAUGAGCAGUAGACAUAGUUGUUGGCCUGUUAUACUGGUCAUAUACAACCUUCCUCCUUGGUUGUGCAUGAAAAGGAAGUUUAUGAUGUUAUCAUUAUUGAUCUCAGGACCACGACAACCUGGUAAAAAUAUAGAUGUUUACUUGAGUCCAUUGGUAGAUGACCUUAAAACUUUGUGGGAAAAAGGAGUUGAGACUUAUGAUGCACACUUGCGUGAGGUUUUUACUUUAAAGGCCAUCCUUUUAUGGACAAUCAAUGAUUUUCCUGCAUAUGGAAACUUAGCUGGUUGCACUGUGAAAGGAUAUUAUGCAUGUCCAAUAUGUGGAGAAGGAACAUAUUCCAAAAGAUUAAAGCAUGGCAGGAAAAACUCAUAUAUGGGUCAUCGACAAUUUCUUCCACGUAACCAUCCCUAUCGGAGACAAAAGAAGGCAUUCAAUGGUGAACAAGAUUUUAGGAUUCCUCCUAAAAUUUUGAGUGGGGAAGAAAUACUUGAAAAAGUUGAUCUCAUUCCUAUUUCUUGGGGAAAAAUGAAGAUAAAAUCUCUUGAAUCUGAUGUGAACAUAAAUUGUUGGAAAAAAAAAUCCAUACUUUUUGAGUUAGAAUAUUGGAAAUAUCUUCAUGUCCGUCACAACUUGGAUGUUAUGCACAUCGAAAAGAAUGUCUGUGAGAGUAUUAUUGGUACUUUGUUUAACAUCCCUGGGAAAACAAAGGAUGGACUUAAUGCUCGACUUGACCUAGUUGAAAUGGGUUUAAGGUCUGAACUUUUCCCAAGAGUUGACUUGAAAAAGACCUACCUUCCCCCUGCAUGUUUUUCACUAUCUAGAAAUGAGAAAAAAUUAGUUUGUCAAACGUUGUCUAAUUUGAAGGUCCCUGAGGGGUAUUGCUCAAAUUUUAGAAAUCUUGUCUCCUUAGAGGAAUUGAAGUUGUUUGGUCUAAAAUCUCAUGACUACCAUGCACUUAUGCAACAACUGUUGCCAGUUGCAUUACGUUCUGUUUUGCCAAAGCAUGUGAGAUAUACUAUAUCAAGAUUGUGUAUCUUCUUCAAUAAAUUAUGUACAAAAGUGGUUGAUGUGCCAAAAUUGAAUGAAGUACAUAAUGAGUUAGUGGUCACGUUGUGCUUACUUGAAAAGUAUUUUCCACCUUCAUUUUUUGAUAUUAUGCUUCAUCUAACAGUGCAUUUGAUAAGGGAGGUGCGACUAUGUGGUCCAGUUUACUUUAGGUGGAUGUACCCAUUUGAGAGGUAUAUGAAAGUUCUUAAAGGAUAUGUUCGCAAUCAUAAUCGGCCUGAAGGAUGCAUUGCUGAGUGCUAUUUAGCAGAGGAAGCUGUCGAAUUUUGUACUGAAUAUUUAUCAGGGACUCAUGCAAUUGGAAUUCCAAAAAGUAGCAAUUAUGACAACAAAUUUGGUAGACCUAUAAUUGGUGGUCGUUCAACCAACAUUGAUCAUAAAUCGUGGUUACAAGCACAUCAUUAUGUGUUAGAGAAUACAACUAUUGUCCAACCAUACAUUGAGUAAGAAAAAUAUGCCUUUAUUUUUUUAUAAUUUCAUAACAUAAUGAUGAAAUCCUAAGUUUGCAUUCCUUGUCUAUAACGUUAUAGGGAACAUAUGAAUUGGUUGAAGUCUCAAUACCCUCGACAAUCUAAGAGACAAAUUUGGUUGCAAGAAGAACAUAUGCGUUGUUUUACGUAUUGGCUUAAAGGAAAGGUAAUCUCUUAGUUUUCAGAAAUUAUUUUAAUAUGUUGAAAACAUCACAAGUUUCCAAUUAUGUUUUGACUACACACAGGUUGAAGAGGCUAUCCAUAACGGGCAAGAUAUUUCCAACACGCUUAGGUGGUUAGCACAUGGCCCUACUCACCAGGUGGUUAAAUAUCCUGGAUACAUCAUUAAUGGGUGUCGUUACCAUACUAAGGAACGUGAUAUGACAUGCGUCACCCAAAAUAGUGGUGUUAGCAUUUUAGCAGGGACUAUGCAAAUUGCCAGUUCUAAGGAUAAGAACCCAGUUUUUGGUGAACUUUGCUUUUAUGGGGUCAUUAAUGAGAUAUGGGAUCUUGAUUACAACAUGUUCAAAAUUCCAAUUUUCAAGUGUGAUUGGGUUGACAACAAGAAUGGUAUAAAAGUGGAUGAACUUGGGUUCACAUUAGUUGACUUCUCCAAAAUUGGUCAUAAAUCGGAUCCAUUUAUUUUAGCAUCACAAGCCAAGCAAGUCUUCUAUGUUGAAGACCAACUUGAUCCCAAAUGGUCAAUAGUUCUCUCAAUUCCUCCAAAAGAUUUCAACAACAUGGAAGGACUGGAUGACUUCACCGAUAAUUGCAUGGAACAUCACCCCUUUAUAAGUUCAAUGCCAGAAGUUGAAUCAUUUGACGUUAUGGAUGAAUCAGAUGCAAUAUACAUGAGAGAAGACUGUGAGGGCAUAUGGAUUGAAAAUAAUUAAAUAAUAUAUUGUACCCUUGACAUGAGAUAUAAUAAGGCAUUUCACUUAUUAGUUUUCAUGAGUUGCACAUUAGCUUAGCUUCUAUAUAUUGCUCAUAAUAUAUAUAUAUUGAUCAUCCUAAAUUGAUUUCAUGCAUCAUAAACAUAUGUUAUUCAAAGGUACCACUUCAAUCUUCAUUUAACUAUCUUUUUUGUUGUCCAUGGAACUAGAUUUAUAUUAUUUUUUAUUAUCAUGUUUUGAUUUUAUGCUCACAUAACUUGAAACUCUCAUUCCUAAAUUUCUUUUUCAUUAAAACUAUAAAUAAUAAUUGAAACUAUAUAUGCACUAAUUUAUUUUAUUAUUAUCCUCACAAAUAAAUUCUUCAUUAUUGAUAAGAAAUCAAAAAACAAGACAAACUUUGAAAUAAAAUUUCAAAAACUAUAUUUGUGAAUGACCAAUUUAAUUAUAGGAAAUAUAUGCAAGGAUAUACUAAUCUUGCUUUUGAGUCAUUUUACAGGUUUGUUGGUGAAGUACUAGUUUGCACAUUUACUUGAUAUCUUCCACACAAAUAUGGAUCCAGAAGAAGAGGAAAUGCCAAAAGUAAAGCAUAGAGGUAGUACAUUGAAACCAGAGAUUGCAAAAAAUCGAAGUAAAGGGAUAAAGCUCAAGAUUGAAUACAAUAGCCUUGGUAGUCACAUUGGGGAAAAUUCAGUUGAACUAAGUAGUUAUCUUGGUACAAUAACUAGAACCCAUGUGCCAAUAAUUGUUGAGAGUUGGAGGAAAGUCCCUAAAGAGACUAAGGAGAAGUUAUGGGAUUUGAUCAUGGUAAGUCUAUCUAUAGCUUUCAUAUAUAAUUAUUGUAUGCAUUCAUUAACAUGAGCUAACAUGGGUUGCUAUUUUGUAGACAAGCUUUAAUGUGAAUCAAAAUUCCAAGAGGAAUUGUUUCCUACUAAUGGGCAUCAGGUUUCGAACAUUUAAGUACAAGUUGACAAAGAAAUAUAUAUUACCUUUCAAGAAUGACCCAGAAAAGCUGAAAAAGCCACCUCCUAUCUACCCAUUCAUACAAGAGGAUCAUUGGAGACAGUUUGUUAAAGAUAGACUUUCUGAACACUUUAAUGUUAAGCAUUAUUUUUAAUACAUCUUCAAUUUUUACAUUUACAUAGUUUCACCAUGUACUAAUUUUGUGUCUAUAUUUUUUAGGAAUAUCGCAAGGUUCAGAAAGCGAGAAGAGAUAAACACAUUUACAAUCAUUAUCUUGGAAGAAAAGGAUAUGCACGUUUUGAGCAAGAUAUAGUAAGUAAAAAUUUUUGUAAAAAAAUGGAGUAUAUAUUUUGUUUAUAGGAAAAUUAUUCCAAUUUUUAAAUGUCAUUUAUUAACUUGAUCAUAUUGAACUAAUGAGUUUUAUUGUUAAAAUUUUUAUAGCUACAAGCAGAAGGGAGUAUUGGUAGGGUUGAUAGAAGUGUUUUAUGGAAGAAAGCACGUGAGAAGAAAGGAAAGUUUAAUAAGAUUACAGAGCCAGUGAUUAACAUGAUAGUAAGUUAGCAUAUUUAUGCCUUUUAGAACAAAACAUAUUUAUGUUAUACACCAAUUUGUCUAUUAUCCUUUGUAUUAAAACAAUUCAUUUUCUAGCUACCUUGAAUUGGUUGUCUUUGAUUGAUAUGUAAAUCAUCUUCAUCAAAUUAUUACUAAUAUAUGUUUUGUUGUAGGAUGAAUUACUAGAAAAUGCUAAGGAGACUGGACUACCUCCACCUGGUCCAAAUGACAUAUUAGGUCAAGCAUUGGGUAAGCCUGAUCAUCCAGGACGUGUGGUAGGUCAAGACCGUUUGGUUAGGCCUAGCUCAUACUUUCAUCAACCAUCUGAUGACAUGAAAAAAAUCAAAGAAGAAAUAUGGGAAAUGGUACGAAAGGAGAUGGAAGAUGCUGCAACAAGACAAGUUAUGUCUCCCCCCACACCCCAUUCUGAUAUGGGUAGUAAUAACAUGAGACAACAACUUGUUUUACAACCAGUUGUAGCAGAAAAACCAAUGUUUAAAAUGAUAGAAGAGCCCCAACCACCAGAACCACCACUGAAACACAAGGUAUGCAUUUACUUACUAAUAAUACAAGAUUAAUAUAAGUGAUAUAAAGCCUAUGUAAAUGAUAUUAUUUGUUGUAUUGAAGGUAAUUAAAUGCAAAUUAGCAGUGGAAAGAAAAGGAAAUGUUGUUGCAACUGGUACACUAAUAGAAGAAAAAGGAUCAAAUAGGUUGGUUGUAAUAAAUGUUGCACACAAGCCAGAUGCUAGACUCCCAUUUCCAAAUCCAUAUGAGAUUAUCAAUGUUGGGGAUGCUAUUGGCUUUGAGCUUGACUGGCCAACAAGCCUUGUCAUACUUGAAACUGAACAUCCCCAGGUAUGUCAUUUUAUGCCUAUAGUAAAUUUGAUUGUAACUUGGUAUUUUAUUGUUUAAGAGUAUAUAUAUCUAACAUUCCUUCCUUUUUCAUAGGUGUUGGAUAAAGGAAAGAAGAAGAUAGUGAAGACACCAAUUAUUCGAAAAUCUAAGCCUCAAAAUCAUUCGGUCAUUAAAAAUUUUCAGAAAUUUGUGGAUGGUUGCCUUGGUAAUGACAAGACAUACCCAAUACAGCUCCCCAUUUCACUAUUCGGUGUCGAAUUUCAAACAUAUAUAUCUAGAGAGGAUUGUGAAUACAUUAUUUCAUCUUUGGAGGUGUCAUCAAACUGCAUCUCCUUCUAUUUAUGGUGUGCACCUUUUAUUUUCAUUUGUUUUUAUUUUUUUAAUGAGUUGCCCAUGUUGAACAAGAUUGGAUAUGACUAAUGAUAAUUUUCUUUUGGUGUUUUGAUACAAUAAUAGGCACAUGCAUGAUCAAGUACAUAUUGCCAAAAAGGAAUCACAAUUUAUAUUUGUUAAUCCUUUUACAAUAUCACGAGCAGGCCUUAGUACUCCUCAAACAGAGAAAAGAGCACAAUUGUUGUCAAAACGCUUAAUGGAGUGCCAAGAUGCUAAAUAUGUUUUCAUACCCUACAACCCCGAGUAAGUGACAAAUAUUAUACUUUAAUUUGAGGUUUUAUGAUUGAUUUAUAUUUCUAAUUAUAUGCUACUUUUGUUUUUAAUGUUUUAGCUUUCAUUGGGUCUUGGUAGUGAUUGAGCCAAGGAAAAUGAUAGUCCACUAUCUUGACCCUAUGCAUCACAAACCAUGUGAGGACUUAAAGGAUAUCGUAAACAUGUAAGUUCUUCCUAUAUUAUUAUUAUUUUUUUAAAAUACAUUCAUCUCAAACACAUUUUUUUUAUUAUCUAUAUAUAUGUUAAAACAUAUAACAUUUACCUAUUUUAAAAAUGUACCCAUUGAACUUAUUUACAUAGGGCUCUUCGAAUAUCUGCAAAGAAAACAUCUAAGAGGGAGCCAUCUUGGCAACUAGUGCAGGUGACAUCCAAAAAAUUUUCUUUACACAUUAGCUUAUGCAUUUGCACCAUUUAUAUAUAUGAGUACUAAUGUUAUUUUAUAAUUGAUCGAUUAGUGUCCAAGGCAAGAAGGAGGGUUCGAAUGUGGCUACUUUGUUAUGAGAUUCAUAAAAGAGAUAAUUUUUUAUCCUACAAUUAUUGCUUCAAAGGUAUUACAAAUUUAAUGAAUUGUACAUAGUUUUAGGCUUCCAAAUGUUAUGCAUUUUAAUGUUAUUUUCUUAUUUGAUUUCAGUUUGGUGGUAAAAAAACAUAUUCUCAAGUAGAGUUCGAUGAAAUUAGAGGAGAAUGGGCUACUUUUGUGCUACAACUAAUCAUGAAUCAUGUUGAUGCAUCAUGAUCACCAUGCAUGGUAUACACUUUUGGGAUGGUGGAAUGGAGAAUAAAAAGAAAGAAGAAGGCAACAAGAUUUUGGGUUUUUAAAUGCAACUCUUAUGUCAUACGUUGUAGGACAUAAAUGUUACUUUAAUUAGUACUGAGAAAUUUAGAUUUUUAGAUGGGACUUUUAUGUCAUUUUAUAGUUAGCCGGUUUUAUGCUUAUGAAAUGGAGGUAUACAUGAAUCUUGGGAUCUUUAACAUUUGUAAAUCAUGUUUUGGUAUGUAUUCACUCUUCUUUUUUUAGUUUUGAUGGGUUUGAUUUGGUGGAUGUACUAUCUUUUUGUGAACAUUUGAUAUACAAAUAUUAUUAGAUGAUCAA